UUUGAGAAUAUUUCGAUAACAUUUCUAAAAUACAUUAUGAAUUAGACAUACAAAAUGAAGACCGAGGACAGAGUCAAAGCAGUUUGUGUUGAAAAGCUAUCGCUUACAUUCAGUUGUCGAACGUGUCUGAACACCGAUUCUGGCCAGCAGUUGAUUUCGAUCUUUGACGACACCGAAUGCAGUAGUAAAUUAUCUAUAAAUUUGUUCGAUCAGUUAUCGCGACUGAAACUGAAGAUUGCGAAAGACGAUGGGUAUCCGGCAAAUAUUUGCAGAAUUUGCAUGGAACGGUUGGUGGCUGUCGAUGCUUUCCGAAAGCAAUGCGAAAAGGCUCAAGAGUAUCUCGAACAUUACUUCGUGAAGCUUCCCGAAGAAGUGCCGGAAAUCAGGCCGGAUGUACUAGUCUGCUUUGCUGAAAAGUCGGAAAUUUUAAAUGACUCAAGGCAUGACGGAAAUGAGGAUAAAACCAAUAUUGAACCUGAAAGUGAAGAAUCGUCAUCGGAAUAUAGGUCGGAAAGUGAAGAAUCGUUGUCAGAAAAUGAGGAUUCCAUUCGUUCGGAAAACCCUUCUAAGGACGAAGAUAAGCUAAAAUGUCCAGUAUGUGAUAAAAUUUUCCGGUCUGCCGCCAUCAGGAAUAAUCAUUUAUUUGUGCACAGUGAAGUUAAUGCAUUCCCCUGUGAUGAAUGCGAGUUGUCCUUCAAAUGUAGGCGCUACCUUAGAAAACACAAGAAAACGGUUCACUCGGUUGGCAAUCAUGUUUGCCCUACGUGUGGAAAGAAUUUUUCCAGCACUUCCAAAUAUGAGUAUCAUCUCAAGACGCACGACACGGAAAAGAAGUAUAAAUGCCGCCACUGUGACAAGUCCUUUAUUCAGCAUACACAUAGGAAAAAUCACGAAUUGACCCACACGGCAAAACGGUCCUAUCUGUGUAACAUAUGUGGCAAAAGUUUUCGUCAUGAAUGUAGUCUUAAAACGCAUCUCAAAAAGCACGAAGGUAAUAGAAAGUAUGCUUGUGAUGUUUGCAAUAAACAAUUCGUACAGAAAGGUAGUCUAAAACUGCACCUUGCUGUCCACAAUAACGUCCAGGCUUAUCAAUGUGAACAGUGCGGUAAGAAGUUCACUCAACAAGGCACACUCGUGAAACAUCUUAUUCUACACAAUGCCGAAAAAUCGCAUCGUUGUGAAUUCUGCAACGAAUCGUUUCUGAGAAUCCGAGAUCUGAGGCGACAUAAUUUGAUGGUCCACGGCAAAACAGAUAUAAGCAUACGGUUUGAACGAUCAUUGCAAGAAAACGAAGACAACACCGGCAAGGUUCCGGUUAAGGAGGAAGAGAAUAAGCCUUCCAAAAAGCCCAAUGAUUCUCCGUACGGUUGUGAUUUGUGUAGCAGAACAUUUAAAGUGCCGUCAUCGUUGGCGAAGCAUAUCAAGGUUCACACCGAGGAGCGAAAAUUCAUCUGCCCUGAAUGCAGCAAUACUUUCAAAAAACUCGAACAUUUGAAGCUUCACAUCAACGGGGUGCAUCUAAAGCGGAAACCGUACAGCUGUGAGGUGUGUAACAAAUCAUUUGCUCGGGUGGGUGACCGGAACGUUCACACGCGUACACAUUCGGACGAGAAACCACACCAAUGCUCUUUCUGCGGAAGGGGCUUCAACUUGGCCAAGGCACUUCGGGCUCAUGUGCGGAAACAUACGGGAGAAAGGCCAUUCGUGUGCAUCAUUUGCAAUGCCGGCUUCACCUGUCACAAAACUCUUGCUUGUAGCUCACACCCGGAGGCAACACGCGGAAAAUCCACAGGUUCUCGGAAAGGUAGACGAGUUAACACAGACGGUGUUGUUUGCAACUUCAUCUGCUGUGGUAGGAGAUGGGGCCUCAACGAUGGUAACUAAAUCGGAGACUUGUUAAAAUGGUUAAAUUACAUGCGCGAAACUAUAAUGACAUACACAAGGGAUAUGUUUUUAUCCGAACGACCCUUGGAGAACAGGUCUAUAAAACUAUUGAUUGUGAGUUUCAUAUUUAAUAAUUCACUAGAAA